AUGGUGCGCUUCCAGCCCUGGUGCAUGGCGGUGCAGACGCGCUUCAAGUGGCGCCACAAGGAGUCGGAUCGCUGGCGCCGGCUGAUGGACGCGACGUGCGUCCCCUUCGACUGGUUUGGGCAGACGCGCGGGCCGAACUUCUCGCAGUACGGCGGGCACUGGACCCACCUGCUGACGUGCGCCCACGUGAUCUGCCCCUGGGACUACCCCAACUACUACCCCACGGAGGGCCCGACCCGCUUCGUCUCCCGCAUCACGCUGGCCGACACCAUGACGCAGGUGCGCCUCGUCUCCUUGCAGGGGGACGCCGUCUACAAGCACUUCACGUCUAACCAGCAUGUGUACGUGCACACCAACCCGCGACUAGACCUCUGCGUGGUGCACCCAGAGCAAAAUCUGAAGCGCAGUGGCGAGAUGAAGAUGCUGUGGAUGCAGAAUGAGGGUUACGUGACGCGCCCGCGCCUGGAGCUGGUGGAGCCGUUGUCCGUGGGCGACCAUGUCUGGAUCUACGGCAUGACGGCGCAUGAGUCGCUCUUUGACGAGGAGAAGGCGCCGGAGCCGCUGAUGGUGCCGACCGGCAUCCGCGCCAAGGUGCACGCCCUGACGCGGGAGCACUUCUUCCUCGACACCACCUCGCUGGAGGGGGCGGAGAGGGGCCGCGUCGGCAUGGGCAUGUGCGGCUCCGUCGUGAUGCGGCACGGGCGCUGCGUCGGCAUGCUGACGGCGACGGUGCACGAGGAGAGCAAGUGCACGCAGCUGGCUGGCACCGCCAUGUGCACCUACGCCGCCGACAUCUUCGACUUCCUGCUGGAGGUGGAGCGGCAGAUGAAGGCGCCCGCGCCGAGGAUGACCCGCGAGGAGACCGUCUUUCAGCAGCGCCGCCGCGGCGCGGGGGGUGCGGGGGCGGAGUGCAAGGACUGGGAGCUGGACCACACGCGGCUGGCGCGCCACAUUCCCGUCCCGGUCUCGAUGUGGCACAUGGAGGAGAAGUGGAUGACGGAGGAGGACCACAUGACGAGCGCCGUCUUCGGGCGCAGCGGGGUGUUCAACCAGGAGACGCAGGAGAGCGCGCUGGGGUACGACAUGAACUCGGCAAAGUCGUACGGGGAGCGGCCUGGCGACAUCGCGGCCGUCUCCGCCGCGACGCAGGACGGCAAGCCGGGCGUGCAGGGCGAGCGGAAGGACCACAGCCCGACCGGCGUCUACGCCGACCACGAGGACUUCAAGACGCGGGACGUGUGGGACUACGACGUCAGCGCGGAGAUGCGCUCGCUCUUCAACACGACCGUCGACGCGAAGGACGCCCACAGCCUCAACAUGAUGCGCAAGUCGCUGGAGAACAUCCGCGCCCAGCGGGCGAUGGAGAAGAUGAAGGAGACCGUGCUGAAGAACCCCGGCCGCGGCGAGGACCCGCUUAACGUGGGCGGCAUGGGCCAUUAUGCGGCGGACGGCGACGGCGACGGCGACGGCGCCGCCGCCUUUGAUCCUGCGGCGGCGGAGGAGAACACACCGGCGGCGAAGCGAAAACGAGAGGAGGCGGCGUACCACGAAGCCCUGCGCCGCCGGCACGGCGUGAAGGCGCGCCCGUUUGGUGACGAGGACCUCAGUGGACUGUGGGACCGGCACUAG